UACGAAGCCGAUCAAAAGCGUACAGAGUUUCCAGGAGGGCGGUCGUGUUACGAUCAAAGAGAAAGAGAGAGAGAAUCUUUUUUCCCUCAUAGUUUAACACAUACAAAUUUCUUGAUUUGUACGACAGUAUACUGGAUUUCACGCGCGUCACGAGAGAAACGUUAUUCGUAAAAGAAUAAUGUCGCGUCGUGUGAUUUGACAGUGAAGGAAAUGAUCGAAUGGGAAAAGUGCCUCGAUAUUUAGUGCAAAUAUCCGGAUUUUGGAUAGUCGAGAGAGACAGAAGAAAUUAAUUCUUCGUUGAACGAAAAGGAACAAGGAAGGACGUCAGUGUGUGUAAAAGAAAAAGAACAAAAAGAUAGAGAAAGAGAAAGAAAAAAAGAAGAAAAUAGGAAAGAAGAAGAAGAAGAAGUAGGAAGGAAAAAAGAAAAAGAGAUAAGCUCGUGACUGAGCUCGAAGAGAUGACGGGGGAGGAGGGGAAGGGUGGUGGUGGCGCCGGUGGGAAUACGAACGUUAAUGCGACCGAUAAUGUGAACAAUGUUAACGCUAACAUCAAUGCGAAUGUCAAUGUCAACAUCAACGCGAAUACGAAUGUCGUUCACCAAAAUGGCGGAACGGAGAAGGCGCCGGUAGUCGGUGGUACCAACGUUGAGACAUUGCCGCGUGCUGGAAAACAGAGUGAUCCAAGUACGUCAUUUUUGAGAGCAGCUCGUGCGGGCCAACUCGAAAAGGUUUUGGAAUAUCUUGAAUCGGGAGUGGAUAUUAAUGCAUCGAAUGCUAACGGACUGAAUGCUUUGCACCUGGCAGCUAAGGAUGGCCACUUGGAAAUCGUACGAGAACUUCUUAAUCGUGGCGCAGUAGUCGAUGCGGCUACUAAAAAGGGAAACACUGCAUUGCACAUUGCUUCUCUUGCUGGACAAGAGGAGGUUGUACAAUUGCUAGUUCAACAAGGUGCUUCUGUCAACGCACAGUCACAAAAUGGGUUCACACCACUAUAUAUGGCUGCUCAGGAAAAUCAUGACUCUGUGGUCAAGUACCUCCUCAGUAAGGGUGCAAAUCAAACCCUCACUACAGAGGAUGGGUUUACUCCAUUGGCGGUGGCCAUGCAACAGGGUCAUGAUAAAGUAGUUGCCGUUCUAUUGGAAAAUGAUACUCGCGGUAAAGUUCGAUUACCUGCUCUCCACAUUGCAGCUAAGAAGGAUGAUUGUAAUGCUGCUGCCCUACUUUUGCAAAACGACCAUAAUCCCGAUGUAACUUCGAAAAGCGGUUUUACGCCACUUCACAUAGCCGCACAUUAUGGCAACGAUCGAAUUGCUUCUUUACUUUAUGACAGAGGUGCGGAUGUUAAUUUUGUUGCUAAACACAAUAUUACACCAAUUCAUGUAGCUGCAAAAUGGGGUAAACUAAAAAUGGUAAGUCAUCUGAUGAAUAAAGGAGCAAAUAUCGAAGCUAAAACGAGAGAUGGCCUUACACCUCUUCAUUGUGCAGCAAGAUCAGGUCAUCAUGAAGUUGUUGAUAUUCUUAUUGAAAAAGGAGCGCCUAUUGGCUCUAAGACAAAGAAUGGUCUCGCACCAUUACACAUGGCUGCUCAAGGAGAUCACGUAGACGCAGCAAGGGUUUUACUUUAUCAUCGUGCACCUGUGGAUGAAGUAACAGUAGACUAUUUAACAGCAUUGCAUGUGGCAGCUCAUUGUGGUCACGUAAGAGUGGCCAAACUUUUACUCGAUAGAAAUGCGGAUCCUAAUGCACGUGCACUCAAUGGUUUCACACCUCUUCAUAUUGCGUGUAAGAAGAACAGAAUCAAAGUGGUUGAACUUCUAUUAAAACACAAAGCUAGUAUCGAAGCCACUACGGAGUCCGGAUUAACUCCGCUGCAUGUAGCAAGUUUUAUGGGAUGUAUGAACAUCGUCAUUUACUUGCUGCAACACGAAGCUAGUCCAGACAUACCGACAGUAAGAGGCGAGACGCCGUUACAUUUAGCUGCUAGAGCAAACCAGACUGAUAUUAUCAGGAUACUUCUUAGGAAUGGUGCUCAAGUUGACGCUAGAGCAAGGGAGGAACAAACACCACUCCACGUUGCUUCCCGCUUAGGUAACGUUGACAUUGUAAUGUUGCUAUUACAACACGGUGCUGGAGUUGAUGCAACAACAAAAGAUUUGUACACUCCACUUCAUAUCGCGGCUAAGGAAGGUCAGGAAGAGGUUGCUUCAGUUUUAUUAGAAAAUGGCGCAUCACUUACUGCUACGACUAAAAAAGGUUUUACGCCAUUGCAUUUAGCAGCUAAAUAUGGCAAUAUGAACGUGGCAAGAUUGUUACUACAAAAGAAUGCACCUGUUGAUGCUCAAGGAAAGAAUGGAGUAACUCCUCUUCACGUAGCAUCGCAUUACGACCAUCAGAAUGUAGCAUUACUCCUAUUAGAUAAGGGUGCUUCGCCACAUGCUAUGGCUAAAAAUGGUCAUACACCUUUACAUAUUGCAGCACGAAAAAAUCAGAUGGACAUUGCAACAACAUUACUGGAAUAUGGUGCAAAAGCUAAUGCAGAAUCAAAAGCUGGAUUUACGCCGCUACAUUUAAGUGCACAAGAAGGACACACUGAUAUGUCAACUUUACUUAUCGAACACAAGGCAGACACAAAUCAUAAGGCGAAGAAUGGUCUUACGCCGUUACAUUUAUGCGCACAAGAGGAUAAAGUCAACGUUGCUUCUAUCCUCGUAAAAAAUGGUGCUCAGAUCGAUGUUAAAACAAAGGCUGGUUACACGCCAUUGCACGUUGCAGCUCAUUUUGGACAAUCAGCAAUGGUGCGAUUCCUUUUACGCUCGGGUGCAACUGUUGAUAACAGCACCAAUGCUGGUUACACGCCGUUACAUCAAGCUGCUCAGCAGGGUCACACGCUGGUUAUUAAUUUACUAUUAGAAAGUAAAGCUAAGCCAAAUGCUGUAACUAAUAAUGGGCAAACUGCUUUGGAUAUUGCACAAAAACUUGGCUAUAUCAGCGUCAUUGAGACAUUAAAGGUUGUAACUGAAACUAUUAUUACCACAACACAUACUAUCACUAUUGAAGAAAAAUAUAGAGUACAAGCACCCGAAUCUAUGCAAGAAACAUUCAUGAGUGACAGUGAAGAUGAAGGCGGUGGUGAUGAAAUCGGCAUGGCAGCCAUGAAUGUGUACGGGCAGCCUCCACACGCGCAACACGUGUACCUUCCUUCUUACUACAAGGGCCAAAUGACCUAUACCCGUGAAGAUCCGAUGCUCAGCGACCAACAUCAAUACCGUUACAUGACUGUUGAUGAUAUGAAAUCUAUGGGAGACGACUCCAUGCGCGUUAAUGUUACUGAUGACGAAAGAGAUAAUCGACAUGCUGGAGCUCCCACGAUAACAGAAAUGAUCACCAAGGAAAACUAUCAACGUUCUAAUGCCGCAAUUCUAAAGCCGGACAAUAUAGAUAUCAAUAGGCAUCCGGUUCACGUUGGAAUCCCACAAUGGAGAAACUUCCUGGUUUCUUUCCUGGUCGACGCGAGAGGUGGUGCAAUGAGAGGAUGUAGACACAGCGGAGUUCGCGUUAUCGUGCCCCCACGUAAAGCGGCAAUGCCGAUGAGAGUAACCUGUAGAUACCUAAGAAGAGAUAAAUUGACCAAUCCGCCUCCUUUAAUGGAAGGUGAGGCUUUGGCCAGUCGUAUUUUGGAACUUGGGCCAGUCGGUGCGAAAUUUUUAGGGGGGUCAGUCUCGGGCAGUCUGGGAGGAUGUCACAGGUUCGACGCCGUUGACUUUCGUCAAGGAUUGUGUCUCUUUUACAACCACGGUAUCUGCUCGUUUUUGGCUAAUGGACUGCCGAAAUAUUUCGGAAGCAACCAAAAUGGCUACAGAAUUAUAUACCCAUGCUACUCAUGUACCAUUUAUGGCUAAAUUCGUAGUAUUCGCCAAACGUAUAGAUCCUUUGGAGGCCAGGAUACGCGUAUUUUGUAUGACCGAUGACAAAGAGGAUAAAACUCUUGAACAUCAAGAACAUUUUACUGAAGUUGCGAAGAGUAGAGAUGUUGAAGUUUUAGAAGGCAAAACUCAAUACAUGGAAUUUACGGGUAAUCUCGUACCAGUAUUAAAAAGCGGCGAACAACUUCAAUUACCAUUCAGAGCGUUUAAAGAAAAUAGAGUACCUUUUACUGCGCGGAUAAAAGAUCCAGAUGCGGUAGAUAUGAUGGGUCGAAUAAUGUUUAUGAGUGAGCCUAAGGUUCCUAAAGGCGAGAUACCGCAAACGCCAAUAUGUACAUUGAAUAUUUUAUUACCUGAAAAGAUUUCGCCAGAGCCUGCAGUCUCAGAAUUGGAUUUACUUGAAUUAUCGAAAAAUUAUAGUUUUCUACGCGAUGGUGGAAUCAGUCGACCGGAUGCUAUACAUAGAGCAACUAUACGUUUAAGGGAUAUAGCAAAUUUACUAGGCAAGGACUGGGAACCAUUAGCAGAAGAACUUAACAUUGCUCCGAACGAUGUAUCCUUGAUAAAACAGAAUUAUCCUGAUAAGCCAGCUCAACAAGCGGCAGCAAUGUUCAAACUCUGGCAAAGUAAUGGGAAUAAGGCGACGGGAAAUACUUUAGAAAAAGCACUCCAGAAGAUUGGCCGAGAAGAUAUUGUAAACAAAUGUAUAUUUAACGUAGAACUAAUCACUGACGAUGUCGAAAAAGCAGUAGCAAGGGUUCGGUUAGAUCAGCCAGGUUUUGACUCCUUGAAAGAGGAAUUAGGACCUUCCAGAGACACAUCUCUUCGACGUGAUGCAACUAUGGAUCCAAAAAUGGAUCCUGAUUAUGAGGAACCAGAUAGAAUGAAGGAAUCUGAAUCCGUAGAAGAGCUUAGUAACACCGGUCAUUUGCAGGAUAAACGAUCCAAGCAGCAUGUCACAAUCGCAAAUGGCACUGUAUUCAACGGAACCUCGACCCCCAUCAAAAAUAAAUAUGCAAGCGAUGAAAAAGAAUUGGGAGAUAUGAUGGCCGAUUUCAUUGAACAUAAAUGUCACAUUACCGACACGAUGAGUAAAAAGUCACGCGACGAGCUCGACGACGAAGAAAUUAAACGAAAAAGGGUGAUUGACGACGCUAAUAAAAUAGUUUCUGGUGUAAUAGCUGAUGCAGAGAAAGAAAAGGAGAAGUUAGCGAAGGAAGGGUGGUCGGUGGUUUAUGAUGAUAUGCGGGACAGUGAGAAGGUGAGAGGUGCUGUAGGGCAAAUUUCAUUUAACAAAGAGAUAGUUCAAAGUUCAGAUCAAUUUAGGGAUGCGGAGUUAGGUAUUAUUCUACAACCAAAAGUUAGAGACGAUAUAGAACCACUGAUAAUUAAACAAGAACGAGCACACGGUGGGAAAAGGGAUCCUAAAAAGCAAAUUUCUACCCCAAAACAAACAGGCAUUUUAAAGAAGGAUACAGUAGUAGAACAACCAGUUGUUAGACAGAUUACCAUUAUAAAAGAUAUUAAACCCCCGAUAGUUACAGUAACUUCCACAGAUUCGAUCAUCUUACCUCAAAGUAAAGCAGAAGUUAGCGAAAAAGAGAAGAUGUCCAAGGAAGGUAAAGAAGUUGAUGAAAAGUUGUCGCAAGGUGAUAUCAAAGGGACAUCGCAACCAACGAAAGAUACCGAUAAAAAGAUUAAAACGACAGAAAUCAAAACUAAAAUCGAAAUGGAUGUUCCGACGAAAAGCAAAGUUGAACAAGAUGGAAAAUCAAUUACCGAUAAGCGUCAUUCCGCGUAUAAGGACGUAUAUGAUGCUCAAUAUCCUACAAAGAACCUUGAAGAAGAAACGACAAAUACGUUGACAAAGGUGAAAGAUAAAAGUGGUGGUAUAUUUUCGGGUAUAUUUAAAAGUCCCAAAUUAAAAAAAGGAAAAUCCAAAGAUUCAAAAGAGACAUCUUUUGAUAGCGGAGAUGAGGAAAACAAAACUCUCCCAGUAUCUGAGGCAGUAUCAAAACCUGUAACUACAUCUCGCGAUAAAACAUCUCCAGCACAGAAAGAAACAGUAACUGCCUUAUCUGAUAUCAAACUAACAACUAUAAAUUUACUGGAGGAUGCUAAAAAUACUGCUGCUAUCUUACAUGCAUUACCAGAAUCAACCGAAAAAAAUGGGUCAGUAACAAUUCCCGUAGAAGAUAAAAAGGACAAAUCGUCUAUCGAAGUUCGUACUAAGCCACAAGUAGUGUCAGGAGUAAAAGAAAAAAUUACGACUAUUACGACUGUAGAAACGAAAAAAGAACAUGUAAAUGGAACGUCAACGAUCAAACCAGAUCAGAUAAUAAAUUCUGUUGAUGAAAUAGAUAAAAAGAUCGAACGAGAGGAUAGUAAGAAUCUCGAAAUAACGUCCAAGAGUAGUCCGAUUAAACAAGAAAAUGUUCCUAAAUCUGACUCAAAGGAAUCACCAAAAAAAGAAGAUAAGGAUGAUAGCGAAACAGGUACAACUGGUAAAGAACGUGGCGGUGGUAUAUUCGGUAUAUUUAGAAGUCCAAAAUUGAAAGAUAAAAAAACAAGUAAAGUAAAAGAUUCAUCGUUUGAUUAUAGUGACGAAGAACUUAAAUCUACGACUGAAAAAUUCCUCGAGGAAACACGUAAAGUUGCUGACGAGGAUGCUCUUUAUAUAAGUUACAAGACGGAUGAUGCAAAACCUACUGCAACAAGUCCAGUAGCUACGUUUAGUGCUCCUACUUACGAUAGCUUUGAUGUACCAAUAGACAAAGUUAGUAGACAUUCGUACGAUGUAACGGAUAAAUUGACACCUGAACAAACUCUAUCACCAGAUAAAAAAACUGAUAAAGAAACUGCAGAAGAAAGUAAGGAGAAAGGUAACUUCUUUGGUAUAUUUAAAAGUCCUAAACUCAAAUCUAAAAAGAGAGAUCGUAGUACUUCGAAGGAGAGAUCGUUCGAUAGCGCAGAUGAAGAUUCUUAUAAUGCAGACAUCAAAACUAUGGAACGGUCAAGCAAACCAUCGAUCCAAAAGGAAGAAGAAAGCCAGGAAUCUGGAUCAGGAGAUGAAGGUAGCAAAGAAAGAAGUGGUGGAAUUUUUGGAAUGUUUAGAAGUCCCAGAUUGCAACGUGGCUCCCGAAGCAAAUCUAAAGAAAAAAGUUUACCACCUGAAGUACCGCAAAGUGAUUUCAAAGAAACAACAGCCAAGUUUUUGGAAGACACACGAAAUACCGCUGGUAUAAUUAGUGGUUAUCAACAAUCACAUAUAAUUUCACCGCAAAGUCAAGAGGAUAAGACUAAAGAACAAACUCCACCAACCGAAAAGGUACCCAGUGAUAAAGCAGAUACCACCGCACAAAAAGUUCUAAACGGUAUAAAAGAUGUAAAAGAUGCUGCAACAAAAGAAUUGAAAGAAGAUACUAAAGCUGUAAAAGAUACGCUUACCGUUGGUGUUGGUACUGCUGUGGAUGGUACACAAUCAGCGAAAGAUAAAGUUGCGAAAGAAACCAAAAAGGCAAAGGACAAAACAUCGGGAUUCUUCUCGGGUAUUUUCAAGGGAGCUAAGCAAACAGUUGAAGACGUAUCCGAUGAUGUUAAAGAUUUUGUAGAAGAAACAAAAACCGAGGUAGCAGAGAAAGGAGCUGAUGCAAAAGAAGCAGCUGGACAAGCUGUAAAAGCUACAGAUGAUGCUAAGGAUAAACUUGUUGCUGACGUUAAAGAUCUGAAAAAUAAGACAGUAGCAAAAGGAGCAGAUGUAAAGGAAAAUACAAUUGCUGGUGCAAAAGAUAUUAAAGAUAAGACGGUUGCAGUAACACAGGAGACCAAGGAACAAAUAGUGACUAUAACAAAAGAUACGAAAGACAAAGCAAUAACUGGAACAUAUGAUGUCUCCGAGAAAGUAGUAGCUGGAGUAAAGGAUGUAAAAGACAAAACAGUAGAAGGAGCCAAAGAUCUCACCAAGAAAACAGCAGCUGGUAUUAAAGACGUUGAAGAUAAGAGUGCUUCAGCUGUUGCAGAAGUAAAAGGUAAAAUCGUUUCUAGUGAAAAGACAGCCGCUGAUAAAAUAGAAACCACAGCUCGCAGAGUUUCAGAUAGCGCAAAAGACGCAAAAGAUGCUGCAGCAAAAGAACUAAAAGAAGAUGCUAAAGCUGUAAAGGGAGUAGUUACCACUGGUGCUGGAGCUGUUGUAGAUGCCGCACAGUCAGGAAAAGAUAAAGCUACAAAAGAAACGAAGAAAGCUAAAGAAAAAACAUCUGGAUUCUUCUCAGGAAUAUUUAAAGGAGCCAAGCAUGCAGUAGAAGAUGUCUCUGAUGAUUUUAAAGAAUUUUUAGAUGAAACUAAAGCUGAAGCUGUCGAAGAAGAGGCACGUGCAAAAGUCGCAGCUGCUAAAGUUGCAAAAUCUGUAGAUGAUGCAAAAGAUAAAGCCAAGACUGAAAUUAAAGAUCUAAAAGAUAAAACAGUAACAGAAGUUCAAGAAGUUAAAGAUAAAACAGUUGCGAGUGUUAAAGAUGUGAAAGGCAAAGUGAUAAAUGGAGCAGAAGAAAUUGCUGGGAAAUCAGUAGCUGAAGUAAAAGAUGCCAAAGACAAAACGCUAGAAAAAGCAGAAAGUAUCAAGCAUAAGGCAGAAACUAAAGUAAAAGAUGCCCGAGAUAAAGCUGACAAAACUGCUGAUAAAGUAGAAUCUAAAGCACAAGAACUAAAAGAUGGCGCAAGCGAUUUGAAAAACGCUGCGAUAAAAGAAUUAAAAGAAGAUGCAAAAGCUGUGAAAGGUGCACUUUCCACUGGUGUUGAUACUGUUGUAGACGCGGCCCAGUCAGCGAAAGACAAAUCUGAGAAAGAGACUAAAAAAGCUAAAGAUAAAACAUCUGGAUUUUUCUCAAGUAUUUUCUGGGGAUCGAAGAGCUCAGUUGAUGAUGCGUCCGAUGAUGUUCAACAGUUUUUGGAUAAGACCAAAAGUGAAGCUGAAGAAGACAAAGAACGAGCGAAAGAAGCUGCAUCACGAGCGGUAAAAUCUGUAGAUAAUGUAAAAGACAAAGCCGUUGCUGAAAUUAAAGAUGUAAAAGAUAAAACAGUAGAAGGAGUAAAAGAUGCAAAAGAAAAAACAGUAGCUGGUGUUAAAGAUGCAACAGAUAAAACUGUAACUGCUACGCAAGAUAUCAAAGAGAAAAUUGUGACUAGUGUUACAGAUGCUACAGGACAAGCAGCAAAAACUAAAGCAGCUUCUGUUGUUACAGCAACAGGUGACAGUGUUAUUUCAGGUGGGAAAAAAGUUACUGAUAAAAUAAAAACCACAACUCACAGUGUAGCAGAGACUACUAAAGAUGCAAAAGAUGCUGCAGCGAAGGAAAUUAAAAAAGAUGCUGAAAUCGUCAAAGGUGCUGCAAUUGCUGGAGCUGAUGCUGUUGUGGAUGGUGCUCAGUCAGCAAAAGAUAAGGCUGCAAAAGAAACCAAAAAAGCUAAAGAAAAAACAUCUGGAUUUUUAUCGGGAAUAUUUAAAGGAGCUAAACACGCAGUUGAUGAUGCUUCUGAAAAUGUGAAAGAAUUUAUUGAAGAUACAAAAGCUGAGGCAGUUGAAGAAAAAGAACGUGGAAAGAAAGCUGUUUCCGAAGCUACUAAAUCUGCAAUAGAUACAAAAGAUAAAAUCGCAGUUGAGGUUAAAGUUCUAAAAGAUAAAACAGUAGCAGAAGUACACGAUACUAAAGAGAAAACUGCAGAUGCUGUUAAAGAUGCAAGAGAUAAAACAGUAGCUACAUCUCUAGACGUCAAAGAGAAAGUAGUUUCUGACGUUAAAAACGUUAAAGACAAAGCAGUAAGCAAAGUACAUGAUACCACACAUCAGGUAGUAAUUGGUGUAAAGGAUGCAAAAGAAAAAAUAACUGAUGGAAUAAAAGAUGCAACAGAUAAAACAACUAUUGGUAUAAAGGACGUCAAAGAUAAAACUGUUAAAGCAGCUGCAGUAGCUGGAGACACUAUUGUGUCUGGAGGUAAAAAAGUUAUUGGAAAAGCAGAAACUACAGCUCACGAAGUUUCGGAAAAAGCAAUAGAUACGAAAGAUGCAGUAGCCAAAGAAUUGAAAGAAGACACCGAAGCUGUGAAAGGUGCAAUAAGCACUGGUACUGAUACUCUUAUUGACACAGCCAAGUCAGCUAAGGAUAAAACUGCAAAAGAAGCUAAAAAAACUAAAGACAAGACCUCCGGAUUUUUCUCGGGUAUUUUUAAAGGAGCCAAGCACUCAAUCGAUGAUAUUUCUGUAGAUGUAAAAGACUUUUUGGACAGGACGAAAGCUGAAGCUGCAGAAGAAGAGGAACGUGCUAGAGAAGAUGCUGCAAGAGCUUCUAAAUCUUUGGCUGAAGCAAAAGACAAGACAAUUUCUGGAUUUCAAGAUGCAAAGGAAAAAACAGUAGCCGGUGUUAAAGAUGCAAAAGACAAAACAGUAGGUGCAACGCAAGACAUCAAAGAUAAAGUAGUAUCGGUCACUAAAGAUGCUAAAGAUACAGCGGAAAGUAAAAUAAGUGAUAUUACACAUGUAGCAGCUAUUGAUGUGAAAGAAGCAAAAGGAAAGACAAUUGAGGCAGUACAAGAUGUAAAGGAAAAAACUGCUGCAGGCAUAAAGAAUAUCAAGGAUAAAACUACUCUUGCAGCAUCAGAAGUGAAAGAUAAAAUAGUUUCUGAUACUAAAAUGACGGUUGAUAAAGUUGAAAAAACAACAGAAAAAACUGCAGAUGAUACUAAAGAUUCGAAGGAUAGUCUAGAAAAAGAAUUUAAAAAAGAUAAAGAAAUCUUAAAGGAUACUGUUAUAACCGAUACUGAAAAUGUUAUAAAAUGUGCUCAAUCAGCAACAGAAAAAGCUGCAAAAGAAACGAAGAAAUCAAAAGACAAAGCAACUGGUUUCUUUUCGGGUAUUUUAAAGGGAGCUAAGAACGCAGUAGAAGAUAUCUCUGGAGAUAUUAAAGAAUUUGUUGAAGAAACCAAGGCCGAAGCUGCUGAAGAAGAAGUGCGAGCAAAAGAUGCAGCGGCUAAAGCUGAAAAAUUAGUAGAUAAUGUAAAAGACAAAGCCGUUGCUGAAAUUAAAGAUGUAAAAGAUAAAACGGUAGAAGGAGUAAAAGAUGCAAAAGAAAAAACAGUAGCUGGUGUUAAGGAUGCAACAGAUAAAACUGUAACUGCUACGCAAGAUAUCAAAGAGAAAAUUGUGACUAGUGUUACAGAUGCUACAGGACAAGCAGCAAGUAAAGCUAGUGACGUUAAGGAAAAAGUAGUAACUGAUGCAAAAGAUGUUAAAGAUAAAUCAAAAGAGAAAGUAAAGGAUAUGACGGAGAAAACAGUGGAAGUCAAACAUGCAAAAGAUGCAGUAGCAAAAGAAUUAAAAAAAGACACCGAAGCUGUGAAAGGUGCUAUAAGCAGUAGCACUGAUACUCUUGUGGACACAGCUAAAUCAGCUAAAGAUAAAACUGCGAAAGAAACUAAAAAAGUUAAAGACAAGACUUCUGGAUUUUUCUCGGGUAUUUUUAAAGGAGCCAAGCACUCAGCUGAGGAUGUUUCCGCAGAUGUAAAGGAGUUUUUGGAAAAGACAAAAGCUGAAGCUGCAGAAGAAGAGGCUCGUGCUAAAGAAGCUGCUUCUCAAAUGGAAAAAUCGUUUGAUAACGCUAAAGAAAAAGUUGUUGCAGAUGUCGAACAUAUAAAAGAUAAAACAAUGGAAGGUGUAAAAAAUGGUAAGGAGAAAACAGUUGCUGGUGUUAAAGAUACGAAGGAAAAAACUGUAGCUGGUGUUCAAGAUGUAAAAGAUAAAGGUGUAGCAACGACUCAAGAUAUCAAAGAAAAAAUUGUUACCACUGUUACAGAUGCUACAGGAAAAGCAGCAAGUAAAGCUAGUAAUGUUACAGAAAAAGUAGUAGCUGAUGUGAAGGACGUAAAAGAUAAAUCAAAGGAAAAAGUAAAAGACAUGACGGAGAAAACAGUUGAAGUCAUCAAAGAUAAAAAAGAUAAAACAACUGCUGUAGCUAAAGAUGCAGGCGAAAAAGUAAUGUUUGGCGGAAAAGCAGCUGCUACCGAAGUAGAAACUACAACGCGCGCAGUUGCUGAAGGUGCUAAACAUGCGAAAGAUACAGUAGCAAAAGAAUUAAAAGAAGAUGCCGAAGCUGUGAAAGGUGCAAUAAACACUGGUACUGAUACUCUUGUGGACACAGGUAAAUCAGCUAAAGAUAAAACUGUGAAAGAAGCUAAAAAAGCUAAAGAGAAGACCUCUGGAUUUUUCUCGGGUAUUUUUAAAGGAGCUAAGCAUUCAGCUGAGGAUGUUUCCGCAGAUGUAAAGGAAUUUUUGGAUAAGACUAAAGCUGAAGCUGCAGAAGAAGAAGCACGUGCUAAAGAAGCUGCUUCUCGAAUGGAAAAAUCGUUUGAUGACGCAAAAGAAAAAGUUGUUGCAGGGGUGAAAGAUCUAAAAGAUAAAACAAUAGAAGAAGUAAAAGAUGCUAAGGAGAAAACGGUUGCGGGUGUUAAAAAUGCGAAGGAAAAAACUGUAGCUAGUGUUAAUGAUACGAAGGAAAAAACUGUAGCUGGUGUUCAAGAUGCAAAAGAUAAAGUUAUUACCGCUGUUACAGAUACUACAGGAAAAGCAGCAAGUAAAGCUAGUGACAUUAAGGAAAAAGUAGUAACUGAUGCAAAAGAUGUUAAAGAUAAAUCAAAAGAGAAAGUAAAGGAUAUGACGGAGAAAACAGUGGAAGUCAUCAAAGAUGGGAAAGAUAAGACAGYUGCUGUAGCUAAAGAUGCAGGCGAAAAAAUAAUGUCUGGUGGUAAWGAAGCUGUGGUUAAAGUAGAAACUGCAGCCCACGAAGUUGCUGAUGGUGCUAAACAUGCAAAAGAUGCAGUAGCAAAAGAAUUAAAAAAAGACACCGAAGCUGUGAAAGGUGCUAUAAGCAGUAGCACUGAUACUCUUGUGGACGCAACUAAAUCGGUUAAAGAUAAAAGCGCAAAAGAAACUAAAAAAGUUAAAGACAAGACAUCUGGAUUCUUCUCGGGUAUUUUUAAGGGCGCCAAGCACACAGUUGACGAUACUGCCGAUGAGGUUCAAGAGUUCUUAAGCAAAACAAAAUCAGAAGCUGAAGACGAAAAAGCACGUUCUAAAGAAGCCGCAUCUCAAGCCGAAAAAUCUAUUGAUAGAGUAAAAGACAAAAUCGUUACUGGAGUUAAAGAUGUAAAAGAUAAAACGGUAGAAGGAGUAAAAGAUGCAAAAGAAAAAACAGUAGCUGGUGUUAAAGAUGCAAAAGAUAAAACUUUAACUACUACGCAAGAUAUCAAAGAAAAAAUUGUGACUAAUGUUACAGAUGCUACAGGAAAAGCAGCAAGUAAAGCUUGUGACGUUAAGGAAAAAGUAGUAACUGAUGCAAAAGAUGUUAAAGAUAAAUCAAAAGAGAAAGUAAAGGAUAUGACGGAGAAAACAGUGGAAGUCAUUAAAGAUGGAAAAGAUAAAACAACUGCUGUAGCUAAAGAUGCAGGCGAGAAAGUAAUGUCUGGCGGAAAAGCAGCUGCUGCCAAAGUAGAAACUACAAUGCACGCAACUGCUGAUGGUGCUAAACAUGCGAAAGAUGUAGCAGUAAAAGAAUUGAAAGAAGAUGUCGAAUCUGUAAAAGGUGCAAUAAGCACUGCUACUGAUACCCUUGGAGAUACAGCGAAAUCAGCUAAAGAAUCAACUGUGAAAGAAGCUAAAAAAGCUAAAGAUAAGACAUCAGGAUUUUUCUCUGGUAUUUUUAAAGGAGCCAAACACACAGUUGACGACGCUUCUGAUGAUGUUCAAGAAUUCUUAAACAAAACAAGAGCUGAAGCAGAAGAAGAAAAAGCGCGUGCUAAAGAAGCUGCUUCAAGUGUUGCUAAAUCUAUAGAAGAUGCGAAAGAGAAGACUGCAGCUGGAUUACAAGAUUGUAAGGAGAAAAUUAUAACCGCUGUUAAAGAUCCAAAAGGUAAAACUGUUUCUACCACGAAAGACAUCAAAGAGAAAAUUGUAUCUGAUACUAAAGAUCAAGAUAUCACCGGAAAAGUGGUAUCUGAUGUAAGGAAUGCAAGGGACGUAACAAUUGAAGGAGUCCAUGGUCUUACGGAAAAAGUAGCGAUUGAAUUGAAGGAUGUUAAGAAUAAAGCUUCUGUAGCAGUUACAGACGCAGAAGAUAAAAUUAAGACUGGAAAAAAGAAAGCAGCUGAUAAAGUAGAAACUGCAGCUCAUGAAGUGACGGAUGGAACGAAACAUGCGAUGGAUGCCGUAACGAAAGAACUGAAAGAAGAUGCUGAAGCUGUAAAAGACUCAUUUUCCUUCGCUGCUGGUGCUAUAGCAAGUGAUGCACAAUCAGCAGAAGAUAAAGCUGCAAAAGAAACCAAAAAAGCGAAAGAUAAAACAUCUGGAUUCUUUUCGGGCAUAAUUAAAGGAGCUAAACACGCUGUUGAAGAAGUUUCUGAAGAUGUUAAAGAAUUUUUGGCAGAGACGAAAGUUGAAGCUGCUGAAGAAGAGGAGCGCGCGGAAGAAGAUGCAUUACGUACUUCAAAAUCUGUACAAGAUACAAAAAAUAAGAUCGCAGAAAAUACUAAAGAAUUAAAGAAUAAAACAGUUACAGAAAUGCAAGCUGUAAAGGACAAGACAGUAUCUGCUGUUAAAGAUGGACAGGAUAAAACAAUUGCUACAACGCAAGAUGUCAAAGAAAAACUAGUUUCUAGCACUAAAGAUGCUAAAGACGAAACAAUAAGUGGAUUACAGGAUAUUACAGGAAAAGUUAUAGUUGGUAUAAAAGACGUGAAAGAUAAAGUAGAUUCAGCAGUUGUUAAGGCAGAAGGUGAAAUUUUAUCUGAUGGAAAGGAAGUUGGUGAUAAAAUGAAAGUAACAGCACAUGACUUUACAGAAGGUGCAAAAGAUGUAAAGGAUACUCUUGUAAAAGAAGGUAAAAAAGACGCUGAAGUCUUACAAGGUGCCGCUAUAGCUGGAGCUGAUACUGUUGUGGAUGGUAGUCAAUCAGCAAAAGAAAAAGUUGCAAAAGGAACAAAGAAAGCUAAAGAGAAAACAUCAGGAUUUUUCUCUGGUAUAUUCAAGGGAGCGAAACAAGCUGUUGAAAAUGUCUCUGAUGAUUUUAAGGAAUUUUUAGAUGAAACUAAAGCCGAAGCUGCCGAAGAAGAAGCACGUGUUAAAGAAACAGCUGCCAAAGCUGCAAAAUCUAUAGAUGAUGUAACGGAUAAAGCCGAGACUGAAAUUAAAGAUCUAAAAGAUAAAAUGGUAGAAGGAGUAAAAGAUGCAAAAGAAAAAACAGUAGCUGGUGUUAAAGAUGCAAAAGAUAAAACUGUAACUACUACGCAAGAUAUCAAAGAGAAAAUUGUGACUAGUGUUACAGAUGCUACAGGACAAGCAGCAAGUAAAGCUAGUGACGUUAAGGAAAAAGUAGUAACUGAUGCAAAAGAUGUUAAAGAUAAAUCAAAAGAGAAAGUAAAGGAUAUGACGGAGAAAACAGUGGAAAAACAUGCAAAAGAUGCAGUAGCAAAAGAAUUAAAAAAAGACACCGAAGCUGUGAAAGGUGCUAUAAGCAGUAGCACUGAUACUCUUGUGGACACAGCUAAAUCAGCUAAAGAUAAAACUGCGAAAGAAACUAAAAAAGCUAAAGACAAAACUUCUGGAUUUUUCACAGGUGUUUUUAAGGGAGCUAAGCACUCAAUCGAUGAUAUUUCUGUAGAUGUAAAAGACUUUUUGGACAGGACGAAAGCUGAAGCUGCAGAAGAAGAGGAACGUGCUAGAGAAGAUGCUGCAAGAGCUUCUAAAUCUUUGGCUGAAGCAAAAGACAAGACAAUUUGUGGACUUCAAGAUGCUAAGGAAAAAACGGUAACUGCUGUUAAAGAUGCAAAGGAUAAAUCAGUAGCUGCAACACAAGUCGUCAAAGAUAAAGUAGUGUGUAGCACUGAAGAUGCUAAAAACGAAGUUAAAAGUAAGGCACAUGAUUUAACGGAUAAAGCAGUAACUGGUGUAAAAGAUGUUAAAGAGAAAACAGUUGAAGGAGUGUCACAUAUUGCUGAGAAAACUACAGAUGGUGUAAAAGAUUUAAAAACUAAAGCAGCUUCUGUUGUUACAGCAACAGGUGACAGUGUUAUUUCAGGUGGGAAAAAAGUUACUGAUAAAAUAAAAACCACAACUCAUAGUGUAGCAGGGACUACUAAAGAUGCAAAAGAUGCUGCAGCGAAGGAAAUUAAAAAAGAUGCUGAAAUCGUCAAAAGUGCUGCAAUUGCUGGAGCUGAUGCUGUUGUGGAUGGUGCUCAGUCAGCAAAAGAUAAGGCUGCAAAAGAAACCAAAAAAGCUAAAGAAAAAACUUCUGGAUUUUUCUCUGGUAUAAUUAAAGGUGCUAAACAAGCGGUAGGUGAAGUGUCUGAUGAUUUCAAAGAGUUCUUGGAUGAAACGAAAGCCGAAGCUUCUGAAGAAGAAGCACGUGCUAAAGAAGCUGCAGCGCUUACGUCUAAGGCUGUAGAUGAAGCAAAAGAUAAAACUGUUACAGGUGUAAAAGACUUGAAGUAUAAAGCAGUAUCUGGAGUACACGAUGCUGAACGAAAGAUCGUUUUUGAUGUUACUGAUGUAAAAGAUAAAAGUUCAGCAAAAAUAAAAAACAUUAAUGAAAAUAUUAUAGAAGGUACACAGGUAAUUACAGAACAAGUUGUCGAUGGCCUUAAAGACACCAAGAAUAAGUCUAAGGCCGCAGCUAAGGACAUUAAAGCAAAAACUGAAUCGAAAGUAUCUAAUAUCGUACAGAAAGCAGACGACUUUACAGUUUCUGCAAGUGAACAUUUUCUUCCUUCUGGAUCAACAACGGAAAAACUAACAACUGGUGGUAGUAGUAUUGCUGAUAGUACUCAAAAAGCAAAGGAAACAACUACUAAAGAGGAAAAGAAAAUUAAAGAGAAAGGAUCUGGAUUUCUGUCUGGUAUAAUUAAAGGUGCCAAACAUGCAAUGGAAGAAGUCACCGGUGAUGUGAAAGAAUUCUUUGAAGAAACCAAAGCCGAAGCUGCAGCUGAAGAGGCGCGAGCAAAGGAAGCUGCAACGCGUUCAGUUAAACUUGCAAAAGAUUCGAAGGAUAUAACUGCAGAUGCUAUCAAGGAUACAAAAACGAAGGCAGAGACCAAAGUAUCUGAUGCUGGACACAAAAUUACAAGUGUUACCACUGCUUCUAGGGAUUAUUUCCUUCCCAAGGAAUCUGAAGAUAGACGAAAAAUAAAUGAACAACUUGGAGGUAGAACGACCACGAUUAUAAGUAGUGAAAUAAUUUCUCCUGCGCAAGGAGUUUCUGCACCAGAGGGCUACGGUUUUUCAACAUCUACAUUUGAUCCCAAACCUGAUAUUAAUACAGUUAGUUUCACUGUUAGCGGUAAUCAGGACUUGGUAUCACGGGAUAGAUCGAAAAAGAUUUCGCGCAUUCCACAACGUAUUAGUACUUCUCCGGAUGACAGAACUGAACAGCUAAGUACAAAUUUGGGUUCAGGUAGAGUAGUUGUAAUAUCUAGUGAAUCAGAGCACCUUGAACCUCACACAAGACAAUCCGUCACCACAGUCGUAACAAAGUCUGUGCGGACGGCAGCAACACCACCACCCAGUCUCGCCGAGUUCACUGACAGUAGAAUCGAAGAUGUAACAGAAGAAGCAACAAGACGAGCACAAAACCUAGUUCAACAAACAUAUUCUGUGACAAAACCAGGGCAUGAUUCGGCUGAGAUUGAUGGGACUGUAGAGAGGCAUGCUACUUCUGCUCCAACAAAGCAACCUGUUCCCGCCCCACGUCAUUUCACCACCACCAAGUCGUCCGCCAAAGCAGAUUUUCGUCUAGAUCUUGGAGACGUUUCACGAACACCACAUGGUCUUCAAAUAAAGAAACCAUACGAACGUUCUCCUGAAUCACCAGAAAAAAGCAGCCCUAAGUCCAAGAUUCCUGUGAAAAUAAGGAAACAGAUCGAAGACGAAGAGAAUCUCAAAAUUAGUAAAACCAUAGAAUCAGAUAUUCGCAGCCGAUCAAAGAUGGAAUCUCAUAUUCCUUUGUUAAAAUCAGCCGAUGUAGUACGUAUUACGAAGGAUGAAUUGUUAGACAAAGAUCAUACGAUUCUAUCGCAAUUAAAUACCAAUCGUCCUGUCGACGAAGAUAAAGAUAUUAUAGAGACUGAAUAUUUGACGAAGAAGGAAAACAUCGAAAUGUAUCCAUCGAAUAUAUUUGAGUCUGAUAAAACUUAUACUACAGUGACAACGAUCGUGUCUUCCUCGGAUCAAACGAUCGAUCCCGACAAAUUAAAGGAACUCAUGCAAAUGGAUGAAGUUUUGAAGACUGUAAAAACGGUAACUACUACGAUGGAAAUAACAGAUUCCGGAUAUCCUACGGAAAUUGUUAAGAGGGAAACUACUAGAAUCACCGAAGUUUCCCCUGAUCUUAAACAAAUUAGCGAUGAUCAGACUAAUAUAGGAUUAAAUACAAGUAACAGUAGUCAAAGUAUAAAAACAAACGAAGAUGGAACAUUCAUAGAAAGAGUAACAACAAUAAGGCAUUUUACUGGGCCCCUUUAUUCGGAAAAAUUAGGUCAAUCGAUGUUAGAAUCGAUGAAAACUGGCGAUGAUCGAUCGGAUGAUCCAUUCUUUUCAUCGGACUUGAAGACGUCGGAAUGCGAAAUUGAUAGGGGUUACGGGAAAGCUGGAAAAUCGGAAAGCGAUGAACGUGACACAUGGGCGCAAGCUGCUGCAGCAGAGUACUCUAUUAAUAAUUCCGAUCAAUGGGAAACGCAGCUAUCUUUAGACACGUCACCUGGUUCUGGUAACGGUGACAUUUAUACAAAGAACGAUAGUUCGCGGCACGAAUUGAACAGCGACACAGAUAGCGAUGGUUCACCUAGGCCAAGAAGAAGAUCCCCAUGCAAGAGACGUACUUUGGGCAGUUCUAGCGGGUCGGACGUAGCACUGCACGAAGGUGCAGAACUGUCCCCAUUGGAGGACGACCAAGGUACCGCACUCACAGCUAACCUUCUAAUGACAGAAACAGACAGUACGGUACGAUCAGUUUGCUCGAGCAUGCAGUGCAGUGUGAUAAAGACGAAGCCUAGGACGAAGACUACCGGUAGGACGAGCUGUGCUUGUUGGAUGAGCGCAGCAGCUGCUGUAUUGAUGGUCCUACUAGCAAUUUUACUUACCGUGGAGCCACGUACAUUCCAGCGUGCCAUCUACACUCUCUCUAACAAUAUCCCGAGGCAAGCUGGAAUCUGACUUUUUGCAACAAAGCGAGCCAACUUUUGUAGAGACCACAACGACAGAAGUGGAUCCCUUAACGCA